UUCAGACAAAACUAUCUUCAUUACAUCAAAAGUUGUUGGAAUUAAAUUCAAGAAGGAUAUUUUUAAACAUAGUGACGAUUUAGGUGUCAUAAAAUCAAUGGAAUUUAAUAACUGGUGUAGUGAAAACAGUCACUCUGCAAGGUCAUUCUAAGCCCAGCUGUGCUCAAAUGGGAAGUCAAAGCAGAGAGAGAUUCUAUUAUAAGUAGUUAUAAAUAAAACUAUAUAGAACUACCGAGCUGGAUAUUGCAUUUGAGAGAGGAGAUCGGGGAUGUCUAUGACAAUGUGAAUACAGGUGAAGUUUGGGAAAACAGAAAAGAAGAGAAAAGAAGUGCACAAGUUCUGGAGUUUUUAAACAAUACACAUGGGAGUUUUCUGUCUGGUAAAAUUCUAUUUAGAACAAGAGAAGAAUAUUGAUAAUAUCUGUUUGCUAAAAGUGAAUAAAUUGUGAGAUUAUUUUCUUCUAAAACAAUGAAGGAUGUGGAAAAGCGGGCAGUAGCAACACAUGAUUGUGUGUUUGAGCCAUUGUGUACACAAAAUGAAUGUGUGGUGGUGAAACAUUGUCAGAAAUAGUGGUUAUUUCUUGAGAAUUAAUCAUUAGAGGGGGAAAGCCUGGAUUAGUAGGAUUUUCAAAGCGAAUGAGGAUUAACUAGUUUUCCAGAUCGCAAGAGGUUUUUUACAAGUGGGAUUUAUCCAGAGCAACUCAUGAGGUUUUCUUAUUGGAAUAUUUACACCAGUGUUUUGUGUUAAGUAAUUUUUCUUUUUUCAGCAUAGCCACAAUACCCUCACCAUGAGGGGACAACUAUGACCACCAUUUCCAGACAGCAAGUAAGAUCUCAAGCCAGGCACCCCCUCAAAGUAUCCAAGCCCCGGUAGGCAAUCGCCCACCUGACCCAGGAGGUUCCCACUCCCCGGGCUCACCCCCUAAGCCAGGCAGCACUCAGCAGUCCCCGGUACGGAUACAAACCCCGUCAGAUGCUAAACCUCUCAGCCCGGGUUGGAGCGCGGCAAUAGCUGCGGCUCAAGCACAAGGUGCAGCCAAUAUGACACGGAAACGGCAAAAUCGGAAAUUACAAAAUCAAAAUGUGCGGCCUGCAAGGGCCUUGUUCUGUCUCAAUCUUAAGAAUCCAAUUCGUAAACUGUGUAUACGGGUCGUGGAAUGGAAACCUUUUGAGUUUCUUAUUCUGCUGACUAUAUUUGCCAACUGUAUAGCGCUGGCCGUGUAUACACCAUACCCCGGUCAAGACACCAACGAAACCAACAAGGCAUUGGAGCAUAUAGAGAUAAUAUUUCUUGUGAUAUUUACGGUGGAAGCUGUUAUGAAAAUUAUAGCAUAUGGUUUCAUACUUCACUCUGGUGCUUAUCUCCGCACAUAUUGGAACGUUCUAGAUUUCAUUAUAGUAGUUAUAGGAUUAAUCAGUACUAUAGUAUCAGCCACAGUAGAAGGUGAUGUGUUCGAUGUCAAAGUUUUACGGGCUUUCAGGGUGCUACGACCCCUUCGUCUUGUUUCUAGAGCUCCAAGUCUACAGGUGGUCCUGAACUCCAUCUACCGUGCAAUCAGGCCUUUAAUACACAUUUGUCUCCUUGUCAUCUUCGUUAUCAUCAUCUACGCUAUUGUCGGCCUCGAGCUCUUCUCAGGGAAGCUUCACAAGACUUGCUUCAUCAAUGGAACCAAGGAGUUUGCGAGCGAAGACCCAUCUCCAUGUGGAAAGGGUUACAAGUGUAACGCGUCCAAAGGGUAUGUGUGCGAGGACGGCUGGGACGGGCCAAAUGACGGGAUCACCAACUUUGACAACUUCCCCCUCGCCAUGCUCACAGUGUUUCAGUGUAUCACCAUGGAAGGCUGGACUGAUGUCCUUUAUAGCAUCAACGAUGCAAUGGGUAAUGAAUGGCCGUGGAUCUACUUCGCCAGUCUGAUCAUCAUCGGGUCGUUCUUUGUUCUAAACCUCGUACUUGGUGUCCUUAGCGGAGAGUUUUCCAAGGAGAGAGAGAAGGCGAAGGCUCGAGGUGAUUUCCAAAAACUGCGAGAAAAACAGCAACUUGAUGAGGAUCUCCGUGGUUACCUAGACUGGAUCACUCAAGCAGAGAUGAUGGACCCAGAAAAUGAGGAGGAAGGGGAGGAGACUGAAAAGAGAGGUCAUGCCAAAGUUCCGAAUGAGACAGAUUCAUCGGAUAAAACAGAAGAUGGAAUAGACGUAGAUGAAGUUCAACAGACCUGGUGGCACAGAAAGAGUCGGAGAUUACGGAAGUUAAAUCGUCGUGGUAGAAGAGCGUGUAGAACAUUUGUAAAAAGUACUCCAUUCUAUUGGACAGUUAUUGUGAUGGUGUUUUUAAAUACUUGUGUUUUAACCUCAGAGCAUUAUAGACAGCCAGAAUGGCUAGAUAAAUUCCAAGAAAUUGCCAACAUAUUUUUUGUGAUAUUAUUCACAUUGGAGAUGUUGUUGAAGAUGUAUAGCUUGGGGUUCCAAGGCUACUUUGUGUCAUUAUUUAACCGCUUUGACUGUUUUGUGGUACUAUGCAGUAUUGCGGAGGUAUUGUUGAUACAGUUUGAAGUUCUGCCGCCUCUUGGUGUCAGUGUGUUACGAUGCGCUCGCCUUCUACGAUUGUUUAAAGCUACUAGGUACUGGUCGUCGCUGCGUAACCUGGUAGCAUCACUUCUCAACAGUAUGCGAUCUAUCGCGUCUCUGUUGCUACUCCUCUUCUUGUUCAUUGUGAUAUUUGCGUUGCUCGGCAUGCAGUUGUUUGGAGGAAAGUUCAACUUCCCGAGUGCCAAGCCGCGCAGCAAUUUUGACACGUUUUACCAGUCACUUCUAACCGUCUUCCAGAUAUUGACCGGUGAGGAUUGGAAUGCAGCGAUGUAUGAUGGCAUCAAGGCAUUUGGUGGUGUGAGUGACAUCACCUGUAUCUUCGCCACACUCUACUUUGUCAUACUGUUCAUUGUUGGCAACUAUAUUCUACUGAAUGUGUUCUUGGCCAUUGCUGUGGACAAUCUGGCUGACGCUCAAAGCCUUACGGAGAUAGAGGAAGAGAAGGCCGAGGAAAGAGAGAGAACCCGCUCCAUACGUCGCUCAAAAAGCAAGUCUCCAGAGAAAGGGGAUGAUAAGGGAGAGGAAGACGAGGGUGUUGGGAUGAAUGGGGAUGAGAGCCACACCUUGGACGGGGAUUACGAUGACACCCAGCUCAGUCGUCGGCCCAGUGCACGCAGUUCCAGAAGUCAUCGGUCUCACCAGCACACAGAGCACCACAUGUUGAGGGUUGAUGACCCUUACGAUGAUGAGGGCAUGUACCGACAUAGCCACAACAUACCCAUUGAAGAGGAUGACUACCAAACUGAUGAUGAGGACGAAGAAGAGGAAGAUUUGGGAGAAGAUGAAGAUGACAGUCAGACGAUGUCAACUGCCCGCCCUCGCCGCAUGUCUGAGCUAAAACUCAACACGAAGGUCAAACCCAUCCCGCCCGCUAGUUCACUCUUCAUCUUUUCACCUCAAAACAGGUUCCGUAAGUUUUGCCACGCGGUCUGUAAUCACUCGUACUUUGGCAACAUUGUCCUGGGCUGUAUCCUCAUCAGUAGUGGCAUGUUGGCUGCAGAGGACCCCCUGAACAGCAAGUCUGACCGCAACGUCAUCCUGAACUACUUCGAUUAUAUCUUCACCAGUGUGUUCACAGUGGAAAUUAUUGUCAAAAUUAUAACAUAUGGCUUGGUGCUACAUAAAGGUUCUUUCUGUCGCAGUUUUUUCAACAUUCUCGACCUUCUAGUAGUCGGUGUUUCUCUGGUCUCAUUCGUCUUAGAGCUCGGUGGAGCUAAUCUCAAUGAGGCAAUAUCAGUGGUGAAGAUUUUGAGGGUGCUGCGCGUGUUAAGGCCAUUACGAGCCAUCAAUAGAGCUAAAGGGCUCAAGCAUGUGGUACAGUGUGUGAUCGUGGCAGUGAAGACCAUCCAGAACAUCAUGUUGGUCAUGUUCCUCCUGCAGUUCAUGUUUGCCGUCAUCGGUGUACAGCUGUUUAAGGGGACCUUCUACAAAUGCAGUGAUCGCUCCAAACUCUCUGAAUAUGAAUGCCAGGGCUACUAUGUGGACUUUGUUGAUGGCAAUAUAAAUAAUCCGGAGCUGAAGGAGCGUGUCUGGGAAAACAACCUGCUCAACUUUGACGAUGUCUCCAAGGCUAUGAUGACACUCUUCACUGUCUCCACAUUUGAAGGAUGGCCCCUGUUGCUGUACAUCUCCAUUGACUCUAACAAGGAGGGUCAGGGUCCGAUUCACAACUACCGCCUGGGCGUAGCCAUCUUCUACUUCAUCUUCAUCAUUGUGAUCGCGUUCUUCAUGGUGAACAUCUUCGUAGGUUUUGUUAUCGUCACCUUCCAGAAUGAGGGUGAACAGGAAUACAAGAAUUGUGAGCUGGAUAAAAAUCAAAGAAAGUGUAUAGAAUUCGCACUGAAAGUAAAACCAAAUAGACGAUAUAUUCCCAAGUCUCGAUGGCAGUAUAAAAUAUGGUGGUUCGUAACCUCACAGGCUUUUGAGUAUGGCAUCUUUGUACUCAUCAUGGUUAACACGAUCGCACUGGCUAUGAAGUUUUACGGCCAGUCAGAUGAUUACUCAGAAGCAUUAGACUAUAUGAACAUGAUUUUUACUGGGGUAUUUACUCUGGAGUUUGCUCUGAAACUCACCGCCUUCAGAAUUAAGAAUUACUUUGGCGACCCGUGGAAUGUGUUUGAUUUCAUCAUUGUUUUAGGAAGUUACAUAGAUAUCAUCUAUACUGAGGUCAAUACUGGAUCACGCAUCAUCAGCAUCAACUUUUUCCGACUGUUCCGCGUGAUGCGUCUUGUCAAGUUGCUCAGUAAAGGGGAGGGCAUCAGAACUCUGCUGUGGACUUUCAUAAAGUCUUUCCAGGCGCUGCCAUACGUUGCCCUGUUGAUAGUGAUGCUUUUCUUCAUCUAUGCAGUCAUUGGCAUGCAGGUGUUUGGCCGGAUAGCCAUCAACGACGAUACCGCCAUUCACCGCAACAACAACUUCCAGUCUUUCCCACAAGCCCUGCUAGUGCUCUUUAGAUCGGCAACUGGUGAAGCAUGGCAAGAGAUUAUGUUGGCGUGCCGUAAUGAUAAUGAGACAGUGAAAUGUGACCCGCUCGCAGAAAACAGUGCCAAAGACACGACAUGUGGCAGUAACUUUGCCUUUGUCUACUUCAUAUCCUUCUAUGUGCUUUGCUCAUUUUUGAUAAUCAACUUGUUUGUGGCUGUUAUCAUGGAUAACUUUGACUACCUGACUCGUGAUUGGUCAAUCCUGGGUCCGCAUCAUCUUGACGAAUUUGUUAGAUACUGGUCGGAAUAUGACCCGGAGGCCAAAGGCCGGAUUAAACAUCUAGACGUAGUGACAUUGCUUCGUAAAAUAUCACCACCAUUAGGCUUCGGUAAAUUUUGUCCUCAUAGGAUUGCCUGCAAGAGAUUAGUAAGUAUGAACAUGCCUCUGAACAGCGAUGGAACUGUGAUGUUUAACGCAACGUUGUUUGCCCUUGUGCGCACCUCUUUGAAAAUUAAAGUAGAGGGAAAUAUCGACCAGGCGAAUCAGGAACUAAGGGACGUAAUUCUCAAGAUCUGGAAGAGAACCAGCCCAAAACUGCUGGACCAGGUUGUCCCCCCUGCUGGUGAUGAUGAGGUGACAGUGGGAAAAUUCUAUGCAACGUUCCUGAUCCAGGAUUACUUUAGAAAGUUUAAGAAGCGCAAAGAGCAGAUGGUGAAAAUACAGAAGGGAGAUCACACUAAUGCCCUCCAGGCUGGUUUGCGUGCAGUGCAUGAUUUGGGUCCAGAGAUCCGGCGGGCCAUAUCAGGAAACCUCGGGGAAGAGGAAUUCCCCGACAAAGAUGUUGAAGAACCCAUGCACAGGGUAAAUAGAAACCACAGCUUGUUCGGCAGUGUGAUGAGCGCCCUGACUGGAACUGUAAAAACCGGUUUACCAUUCACCACGAGAACCCAGUCAUUGUUCAUCAACCACGAUCAAGCCCCACCGAAAGUCUCGCCUACAAACUCAUUCCACAGUCAACAUAAACCAUCUCCUAGAAAUUCCAUAAAUGGGAAAAUUUCUCCAGCAGAACCUAGCAACCAUAUAGCUGGGAACCGCCUCAAUGUAGAACUGAACAAUGCUAUAAAUAGAUCAACAUCACCAACUAUAAAUAGAUCACAGUCACCUUUAGCCAAUCAGGUGACCCCGUCAGUGCCAAUUGGUGAUGAUAUAUCAAGGUCAAGGGUCACACCUCCUAUAUCGUCGAGUGAGAUGCAGAGAUCUCGACAUUCUAGCAAAGCAUCAAGUGAGGGGUCAUUCCAUGAUGUAGAGGAGGGGAGUCAGACUGGAUCAAUAUCGGAAGUGUCAGAGGACCGUUGGGCACACAUGAACUCUGUCGGCUACCCACCCAACCACGCCAACAAUGUUCAAGAACUACAGAAACGACCUAUAUAUGUGUACAGAGAUUUACCGCAGGAAGACAGCGAUUACGAGCGUGAGCAUGCCCCACCCACUCCCCCACCCCGUAAACUCUCUCGCAAGGGCGUCGCCUACCGCCUCGGAUGUAUCGGAAAACAGGGCAGCGACGAGAACCCUCUUAUGCGAAAAGUUGGCGAGCCACUUAAGUUAACGCAGUCCCAGGCGAUGGCGGUAGCAGGGCUGACUCCAGAGGGACGACAUCGGGAUGAGAAUUACCCGAGCCCGCGACCUUCACCCUUGACGACCCCAAAUAGAGCCCGGGCAUCAUACUCACAACCGACUGCUAAUCCUCGACUGAGGUUCAAACGGUCGCGCUCCAUUGUUGAAGGUAGUGAGCGGAUGUCUCCGGACCCGGCCCGUGUGGCCCGCUACAGUGACGCAAUGCUGCUGCCUGGGGGUCGUGAUGAGAGGGGGCCCCUCCGCAUACCAACUAAUCGCCUCCCAGAACAACGGGAUAACCUCAGUGCUGAAAGCCUUGUAGAGCAGUGUGUAUACCAGGUGAUACAGAACGAGGGCCUUGGGCGUUAUGUUGAUGUGGAUGCGUUGAAGCAUGAGAUCGCAGAGGCCGGAGACAUGACUCCAGAGGAGAUGGAGCAGGCCGCGCGAAGAAUACUCCAGGAGCGCAAGGCUGGGCUCACCUCGCCCUACUAUGACCAUAUGGGUGGACAGGAGCGCAAGGCCGGGCUCACCUCGCCCUACUAUGACCAUAUGGGUGGAUACCGUGCCCAUGAGAUGAAGGACUACAACCAAUAUUCUGCUCAAGAUGAUACACGACGUCGUCAGGGUUACAUGGACGAGCGUCGGGACAGUUCUAAAAUGGCCCAGCGUCGAAGUGCCCCACCCCCAUACAAUUCAGACCACGUUUGACAGCAGACAACCCCUAGAACCAUUCCAAACAACAGACUGGUUGCACAUUUUUGUCCAGUCUGGAAACUUCCUACAUUGAGUUGUACAGAACCAGUCUUAAGAUUUAAACUGUGCCUCUGCCUCACUUGGUAUUAAAAUGAAAGAAUUUUUGUGAACUGAAAGGUACAUGUACAGUUAAAUUUCAUGUUAUACAUGUAAACUGUCCUUACAAGAAAGAUAUGAUGAUUGGUAUAAUCGGCAUAUGUCACGAACUGAGAUAUUCAGCAUUGGCUUCUGCUUGACAUCGCUCUACAAAUUGUCAGAAAAGGCAGUCAUGUUGGGCACAGGAUACAGUUUGAACUGCUUGGAACACAUAAAUACAUAGUUUUAUGACUGUGUCACAUGUGUACAUGUAUAAGGCCAUCAUUUUUGCGUUAGUAUUUCAAUAAACCAUCUUUAUUUUAUUGUAAGACUGAUGAAAGUUUUGACUGACUUCUAUAAGGACAUGCUUUUAAAGCAGUAAAAUGUACUUAAGUAUAACAAAUCAAUUUAAAGUAUUUUGCCGUUUCAAGACAGCUUGGAUUCAUUUUUUUACAUCAGCCUUAUACUGAAUAUGUUAUAAAUCUACCAACAAAAAUAAUUAAACAUGCCAAAAGGUAGAAAUAUUGAAACAAUAUGGUGUAUAUUAUGAUGUUAUAUUUUAUGUAUAAUAACCAAAGUGUGUCAGAAAUGAGAUUGCUCAUUUUUUGGAACCAUUUUUUCACCAUGUUUGCCGACUUAUUUGCUAAAAGCAGAAAUCAGUUUUUAUGUGUUCUCCUUGGAUUGAUUUUUGUUCACUAUUUGUGUGUAUUAUUAUUUCACAAGUUUGAUGUAUCAUCUCUUGUCAUCUCAUUGCUUGAGAGUAGAAUGUAUCAGUAAUGUUAUUUUUAAUGAUGGAUUUUCUGUACACAAAUACAGUAUAAUGAGAGUAUUUUUCUCUUAAAAUCUGAAUAGUAACUUGUAUUAAAGCUACAAUAACAAUUGUUGUACAUUGAAACUAUUUUGCUGAAUCAACUUAAAUUCAUUUGAUAACAGAAUAAAUUGGGGGAGUGAUAUUCUAGGUUGUGGUAUUUUCAAUUUUCUAUUAUACGUAUGAACACAGAAUGUGUAGCUCACCAUAUAUGUGUGUUCACCAUAUAUGUGUGUUCAUGGUGUAUGUGUAGCACACAUGUAAGUAGCUAACAGUGUAUGUGUAGCUUAUCAUAUAUGUAUGUUCACCAUAUAUGUGUGUUCAUGGUGUAUGUGUAGCACACAUGUAAGUAGCUAACAGUGUAUGUGUAGCUUACCAUAUAUGUAUGUUCACCAUAUAUGUGUGUUCAUGGUGUAUGUGUAGCACACAUGUAAGUAGCUAACAGUGUAUGUGUAGCUUACCAUAUAUGUGUGUUCACCAUAUAUGUGUGUUCAUGGUGUAUGUGUAGCACACAUGUAAGUAGCUAACAGUGUAUGUGUAGCUUACCAUAUAUGUAUAGCACUCUAGGUAUGUAGGUGUAGCUCACCGACUAUGUGUAGCUCACCAUAUAUGUGUAGCUUACCAUAUAUGUAUAGCACUCUAGGUAUGUAGGUGUAGCUCACCAUAUAUGUGUAGCUCAUGGUAUAUGUGUAGCUCACCAAAUAUGUCUAGCUCACUCCCAUGGUUAAUUGUUUGUGAUACCUAUUUGAUUUCCACUGAUGUUACAUUGAUUGUCUAAUUCUUUUCAUAUUCUCUCUCCAAUAGAAAAUUUGCACCAGAUUUAUUACCAAUUACUUGCCAGAAAAGUUUGAUGGAUUUUAUAUCUUGUAUGCAUUACAACAUAAUAUUAAAACAAACAAAUGAAGGCAAUUUGAGUCAAAAAGCUACUUUUAAUGUUACAUUAGUGGAAUGUUAUCAAAUGCAUAUUAUUUUAUCAUGAUUAGAAAUAUUUUUACAUCUACUUAGACAGUUUUAUACCAUUUUUACCGAGUUGUAGAUAAAUGUAUACAUACACAAGGCCAUUAUUAUAUAUAAAAGUUUGUUUGUAUAUUUAUUUUACCCAGUUUCUUUCUAGAAAUAUAAAGAUGUAAAUUUUGUGAGUAAUAUUUAUUGUUGGUCAAUAAUUUAUUUAUUUUUCAAGUGUAAGUUAAUAAAACAUAUGUUCAUUUAUUUAUACUGAAAAGCCUAAGUAUUUUCAAUCAUGACUGUAUUCCCUACAUUGGCUAAAACAUAAUGACUGUAUUUCCUUCAUUGGAUAAAACAUAAUGACUGUAUUCCCUUCAUUGGCUAAAACAUAUUGACUGUGUUCCCUUCAUUGGCUAAAACAUAAUGACUGUGUUCCCUACAUUGGCUAAACCAUAAUGACUGUGUUCCCUACAUUGGCUAAAACAUUGCUUCCCCUAGCAGUAAUUCAUACAGGUCAUACGCUACCCUGCUUCCCCUAGCAGUCAUUCAUACAGGUCAUAUGCUACCCUGCUUUCCCUAGCAGUCAUUCAUACAGGUCAUAUGCUACCCUGCUUCCCCUAGCAGUAAUUCAUACAGGUCAUAUGCUACCUUGCUUUCCCUAGCAGUAAUUCAUACAGGUCAUAUGCUACCCUGCUUCCCCUAGCAGUAAUUCAUACAGGUCAUAUGCUACCCUGCUUUCCCUAGCAGUAAUUCAUACAGGUCAUACGCUACCCUGCUUCCCCUAGCAGUAAUUCAUACAGGUCAUAUGCUACCCUGCUUUCCCUAGCAGUAAUUCAUACAGGUCAUACGCUACCUUGCUUCCCCUAGCAGUAAUUGAUACAGGUCAUAUGCUACCCUGCUUCCCCUAGCAGUAAUUCAUACAGGUCAUAUGCUACCCUGCUUUCCCUAGCAGUAAUUCAUACAGGUCAUACCCUACCCUGCUUUCCCUAGCAGUCAUUCAUACAGGUCAUACUCUACCCUGCUUCCCCUAGCGGUAAUUCAUACAGGUCAUAUGCUACCCUGCUUGCUUUAGCAGUAUUUCAUACAGGUCAUACGCUACCCUGCUUUCCCUAGCAGUUAUUCAUACAGGUCAUAUGCUACCCUGCUUCCCCUAUCAGUCAUUCAUGCAGGUCAUACGCUACCCUGCUUAUCCUAGCAUCAUUCAUACAGGUCAUAUGUUACCCUGCUUCCCCUAGCAGUAAUUCAUGCAGUUCAUACGCUACCCUGCUUCCCCUAGCAGUAAUUCAUACAGAUCAUACGCUACCCUGCUUCCCCUAGCAGUAAUUGAUACAGGUCAUACGUUACCCUGCUUCCCCUAGCAGUAAUUCAUACAGGUCAUACGCUACCUUGCUUAUCCUAUCAGUCAUUCGUACAGGUCAUGCGCUACCCUGCUUAUCCUAGCAGUUAUUCAUACAGGUCAUACGCUACCCUGCUUUCCGUAGCAGUCAUUCAUACAGGUCAUACGCUACCCUGCUUUCCCUAGCAGUCAUUCAUACAGGUCAUAUGCUACCCUGCUUCCCCUAGCAGUAAUUGAUACAGUUCAUACGCUACCCUGCUUCCCCUAGCAGUAAUUCAUACAGGUCAUAUGCUACCCUGCUUCCCCUAGCAGUUAUUCAUACAGGUCAUACGCAACCUUUGCCUUUUUAUUAAGCCAAAGAAAUGAAUCAAAAUGAUUGGCUGUCCUGUAGAAACUUUCAAUGUUUUAUCAUAGAGAUAAGUUUGUUUGGGUUCAAUUUACCGUAAUAUCAGUGAUUUGGAAAGUAAGAAAUUUAGAAAAUUAAAAAAAAAACGAAUAAGUAGAAGGCAAUAAGCACAACCUUGGAUAUAUAACAGUGUUUAUUUUUGUUGAAAAUCUUACAGCUUAAUGAAAUAUUUUUCCUGCGACUUUCUUUUAAAAGUGCAUGACAGAUUGUGAAAGUCUUUUUUGAGAAAAGAAACUGAUAAUUGUCAGUUAUUAACAUGUGAGUGUUUGUCUGUAGAUCUAUUUCACUUCUAGAUAGUGCAGAACUAAAUGUGUUAGUUUUUCUAAUGAAAUGCUCAAUUUUUCAGCUAUCAAACUGGUAGAGUUUCAGGAUGUUGUGUUGUUUUAUAGUGUUGUGACUUACGAUUUUUUUACAAAAUUACUUGUGAUGCACUUGUAAAAAAUAGGUUAUUUACAAAGUAGGUCACAGUACGAUACUUAAAUGUAUAUUUUCAAUCAACCAUGUCUUGGGAAGUAUACUUUUAUUUAUAUUUAAAGCUACACAGAUUUAGCGUGUUGACAACUUUUUUUUAUUUUUUGUCUUGGAAUGAACCAAUUUUUGCGUAAAUAUCUGCAAACUAAUGGUAUAUGACUACUGACAAAAGAUCAGAUCACAGAUUUUCAUAUCUGUGUUCGAAAAAAAAAUUAUGUCUCAAACCGUUACUAACGGUUAAAGAAAAAUGCAUAAAACAUCAAUUUUUGAAAUUAAAAUACAUGCGAUAAUGCGAUCUGAAUUUUUGUCAGAAGUCUUAUACCACUGGUUUCCAUACAUUUUCAAAUCAAUUGGCUCGUUCCAAGACAAAAAAUAAAAAAGUUGUCAAAAUGUUCAAUCUGUGAGAGUGCAGCUUUAAAGACAUCUGUUACGUUUAACCUGUUAUUCAAUAACUCUUUGUAUAUAAAAUUGUUGAUAGUCUUGUGUUAAAUGAACUUUGAUAUUGUUUUUGAUUAAAUCUUUUAUUAGGAUGUUAAAAUCUUAUCUGUUAUAUUCUAAUAUUUAUUUUUUCUGAAACUGUCUGAAUGCAUGUUUUCAGUGCACUGGUAUAUCAGAGUGUCGCUUGAUUUCCUCUUUUCACUUCUAUCAUGUAUUGUGAUUUUGCCAAAACAGAAUGAUGGUAAAGCCAUGUUUGUUUGUGGUGGUUGUUUUUUUUUUUCAUAAUAUUAAACAUUUCACUGUUAAUUUGCUUACUUUUAGUUUUUUUUUAAAAAUGGCAGAUUUAUACAGAUAAUGAUUUAAAAGAAAAAGUCAGAAGUAAUGUAAUGUCAUUCUAACUUAAAAGACACUUUGUCUUGCUGUCUGCACAAAAUUAGAAGUUUGUAUUUUAUAUUAAAUUUACAUAUAUCUAAUUUAACUGCAAUUCAACAUCUCAUCUUGUUAUAAACAGACAGUAUUCAAAAUUCAUGUUUGAUGAAAACAGAUUAUUGAUUUGUUUUUGUAACUGUAUAUUAAAAAAAGUCUUUGUAAUGAAGCAUGGCUUCAGCAACUAGUUUCAUGUGUAAGGUAGAAGUCAUUUGGCAGUCAUAUUGUAAGUCUACUAUGAUCCCUUUGCUUCAUGCCAAAACGAUUUAUCUGUCAUAGACAUUUCUGUUGUUCAUGCUCAUAAGUGAUUGAGACUUUUUUGUCACUGACUGUAUUAUAUUACCUAUUUUAACAUUUUCAAGGAUUGUUAAACAGGAUGUGCAAUAAACAUAUUCCCCAAGU